ACCGCGGGGCCCUGCCAAAGGAAGCGGGGGGUCUGAGCGGCGCGGCCUCGCCCUGCGCCUCCCCGCGAGGAGGAGGCCCCGACCCCGCAGAUUAAACGAAUCUCCCCUCGUCUCUCGUCAGCGGCCGAGUGGCCGCACGGCUCCGCGCACCGGCGCGAUGGGCGCCUUCCUGGACAAGCCCAAGAUGGAGAAGCACACGGACCGCGGCGCGGGCAACGGUCUCAAGUACGCGCUGAGCAGCAUGCAGGGCUGGCGCGUGGAGAUGGAGGACGCGCACACGGCCACCGUGGGCCUGCCGUACGGCCUCGACCACUGGUCCUUCUUCGCCGUCUACGACGGGCACGCUGGCUCGCGCGUCGCCACCUACUGCUCGCAGCACCUGCUCGACCACAUCACCUGCAACGCCGACUUCAGAGGCGACUCUGUGGAAGUCACCGGCCCGGGAGGCAAGAAACCGCAGACGGACAACCGGAAGAACGAGGAGGACGAGGAGGACGGCGAGAACGAGCUGGCGGGCAACAACGCGGAGCCGAAGACAAAAUCUCCGGCGGGCCCCGACCUGGGCCCCGCGUCCGGCCCUGCCCCGUCGGACGAGCUGUCCGUGUCGAGCGUGAAGACGGGGAUCCGCACGGGCUUCCUGCAGAUCGACGAGCGCAUGCGCGCCUUCUCGGAGCUGCGCAACGGCACGGACCGCAGCGGCUCCACGGCCGUGGCGCUGCUGGCGUCGCCGCGCCGCCUCUACUUCAUCAACUGCGGCGACUCGCGCGGCGUGCUGAGCCGGGGCGGGCGCGUCCACCUCUCCACCGAGGACCACAAGCCGUGCAACCCGCGCGAGAAGGAGCGCAUCCAGAACGCCGGCGGCAGCGUCAUGAUCCAGCGCGUCAACGGCUCGCUGGCCGUGUCGCGCGCGCUCGGCGACUUCGACUACAAGUGCGUCGACGGCAAGGGACCCACCGAGCAGCUGGUGUCGCCCGAGCCCGAGGUGUACGCGCUGGAGCGCGACGGCGCCCUCGACGAGUUCGUGGUGCUCGCCUGCGACGGCGUCUGGGACGUGGUAGGCAACGAGGAGCUGUGCGCCUUCGUGCGCUCGCGCCUGCUGCUCACCGACGACCUGGAGGCCGUGUGCAACCACGUGCUCGACACGUGCCUCUACAAGGGGAGCCGGGACAACAUGAGCGUCGUGCUGGUCACGUUCCCCGGCGCGCCCAAGCCCUGCCCCGAGGCCAUCAAGCGCGAGGCGGAACUCGACGCUUACCUGGAGGCGAAAGUCGAAGAGAUCCUGGAGAAGCACGGCAUGGAGGGGAUGCCCGACCUCCUCUACGUCAUGAGGACCAUGGCCACUGAGCCAAUCCCCAACCUCCCGCCCGGCGGGGGGCUCGCCAGCAAGCGCGGAGUGAUCGAAGCGGCGUACAACCGGCUCAACCCAUACAAGGAGGAGGAGCUGGGUCCCGUGGAUAUGGACGACACGUGGUAACGGCCUUACCACGGACGACGACGACGACACCGACACCCGCCGGCGGAACCUUACCUCUCCACCGCACCCGGACUCCUCGACGCGCCGCGGCACGAGCUGACCCCUGCGUCCCCUCAACCCCGGGGACCGCCCCAACACCCACACACACCGUCCCCCCCCUCCCCCAACUCCUGCCCCCCACCACCCCGCCCCCCACACACACACGACCCCCAAUCUCCCCAACUCACUUCACGCCUCCCAUACACUCACACAAGUGGUGCUGGCCCAAUCGACGACCCUACCCCCUCCCUCCCUCCACUCCACCCUGCCCCCCCCCCGUCUGUGCGUUGUUAAAAACAAAUGUUGAAUCAAAUUUUAUUGAACGUGCCCUGCGGAGUGCGAGGCCGCAGCGCUGCACGUGCCGGUUUCUACCGGAAGCAAAAGUACAUUUCACCGUGUCCCCUCCUGUACACGUUGACACCAGCUCACCCCCCUCCCACCCAUCGGAUGGAUUUGUCGUGAUUUGAGGGUCAAUGUUCGUUUCAAGAAUCCAUUGUAUUUUCUUUUGCUUGCACCAUGUCUGUACCGUCUGUCUUGUACCGUUCGGCGCGUGUGUGCCGCAAGCUUUGUUUUGCCUGUCUCCGUACGCUCCGUCUCAUUUCUACCUUCUUGUCUGAAUUUCUAUGGCCUCUUGGAUGUUCCUUCUCAUUUCUUCCGUCUCGUGCACGAGAUGCCAUUCUGCCACGGACACGGCAUCCCAUUCUCUCGUACUCUAUAUCAUCUUAAUUACAUUGCCGCCGCCUCGUUCGUACGGUCCCAUCCCGUCUCGUUCUCGCCUGUCGUUCGUGUGGUCUGUCUCGUCACGUCGUCCUCCUAAACGUACAUAUGAUUUGCGCGAGUCGCAAAUGACCGAUUCUCGCGCGGUUCCAUGCAUGUUAUCGCGAGCGUUUGAAUCUCUGAAUCGGCGAAUCGUUGCAUCGUUACACGCCUGCCGUCUUCCUUCACACUCCCCCUUAGCCCCUCCCCGUGUCCACGUGCGCGAGUGUGCGCGUGCGUCCGCUUGCGCGUGUGUGCGAGGUGUUAAAUAGUCGCGUUCGGGUUGCGGAUGUGUACAGGCGACCGGGCUCCUUGUCUGUCGGUGGUGGCGGUCGCGCCGUUGCCGUUCCGGUGGCGGCUACGGCGUUCCCUUUCGUAGCGCUCGUGUGUCAAGUGCUGAAGGAGGCAGUGGGGGGGGGGGGGGUGAGAAGCUCCAAAUCCCGUAAACGAUUUACGCGGCCAAAAACUGGAACGGCUCGACAUUGUUGCAAUGGGGAGGAGGGACAGACGAAGCAAACUUUGGCCUGACGUCUGAACACUAACCCAGCUGGCCACCCAGCCACUCGUACCAGCCCUGGCUGUGACCCCAUCUGGCUAACCAGCCACAAGUACUCGUGCUACCACUCACCCUAACCAACGAGCCACCCAGCCGCGCGUAGUAGUCCUCGCUGUGACUCUAACCAUCUCACAAACCAGUCGCCGGUACCAUUCCUAUCUUUGGUGCUAACAAGUAGCAAACCAUGAGUCUCUUAACCAUCCGGCCACUUAACUAGCUCUUGCACUGGCUGAAGUCGAACUAAAUAGCCAACCAAGACAUUAAUACGAGCCCAAGCAUUGAUCCUGACAAACUAGCCCGGCCACGAGUGCUGUGCUUCUCGUAGACCAUUGGGGCCAAGACGAACGUCAACCGAAUAGUCGGCCAUUCCCUCGCCGCGGCAGUAGUAUCCUUGCCACCGACUCCGAGCCAUCGGAGCUAUGCGCUUUUAAAUCAUCUGGAUUGAAAACUCAAUUCUUUAGAACUGCAUUUUUCGUUUAGUUGUCCCACCCACACCUCCGAUUAUCACGCUUUGGCUAUGUACGGUGCGAAAGAAGUUCAACGUACUUGCGUAUAACCCCACCCAUAACCCUACCGCGACUUUGUAGCCCCCCCCCCCCCCAUUCAACUUUCAGGAUUUUGGAAUUCGCAGCGUCGGCAACGAACGGCCCCUUUUGCCCGUGUUCCACCCGUGACCGAAUAUCCGUGAGGGUCGCCGCGAGGCAGUACGACGUACACCUCCUCAUGCCCCCCCCCCCCCCCUCUCUUGCUGUGGUGCAGCCGCUCGGCUCUCCGAUCAUUCGAGUCAAAUCGAUGAAACUCGCGGCCCCUGCAGGGACGGCUUCCCACUGGGGGAAGCCCAGGAGAGACCCUCCAGGGCAGUGGUUCUCAACCGGGUGAGGAGGGGGGGGUUACGUGAGACGAUUUAUAAAUGUGUGAAGUUAUAUCGUACGUGAGAGUCAUGAUGUAUGAAUCUGCCACUAUAAAGUAACUACGAUACAAUUUAAAUCCACACGGUAACCUACAACGAUGUAGAAUAACUUUCUAAACUCGGUUUAUCGUAGACGGUGUUGGUUUCCAGGAGUAGCCAGCGAGCGCCAACUAAUUUCAUCACCCGUGCAGUUUCUAGCAGCUAGUUAGGGAUACAUAAAAAAAAUGGAAAAUUUGUUAAAAUAUUGAUGUUCCUUAUUCGUACAUUUAUUUCUCAGAACCAUGUUGGGUCAGGCAAGGCGGGUGGGGGGGGCUUACUCAGUUGAGACAAUUCAACAAGGUGGGGUAAAGUCGCGAACAAAAGUUUCAGAACCGCUGCUCUCGAUGAUUGUUUUGGCCUGCUCUGCCACGUUCGCCUCGACUUUUGAAGAAGUGGGGCAGUCCCCAAUCUCUACUCUGCCACACACGGCCUGCCGAUCGCCUGUCUGGUGCACACAUUGAUACCGCUGGCAGGACAGAGGCGCACACCUGGAAUUCUAAUCGACGGCCUCCGUGGAUUGCGCGCCCAGUUUGCUAACCCCGGCAGCAUCCAAUCGAUCGAUCUCUAAUCAUCGGUUCGAGUACUUGACACAGGAUCGCGUGAAAUUAUUGGGGAGGGGGCGGGGGGGAUAACCUCUGCUUCCAUGUGUGCCGCUGGACGGGAGGUGAUGGGCGGGGGGAAGGGUUUCAGGAAACAAUGUGAAGGGGGGGGGGGGCGGCAGCAGCGGCAGCAGCGGCAGCCAUUUAUAAAGUGGCCCUAAAAAUCGACCAAGAGUCGAUUUGCAAUUUUGCAGCGGCCAAUCCGCCCAGCUCCACUGCCAAUGCUGCUGCUGCUGCGUGCGGACAGCGCGAGGCGGCGCGCGCCCCACGGGUGUCGCGCGCCCCGGGGUGUCGCGCGCCCCCGGGGUGUCGCGCGCCCCGGGGUGUCGCGCUCCCCGGGGUGUCGCGCUCCCCGGGGUGUCGCGCGCCCCGGGGUGUCGCGCGCGAUGACUCCUCCUCCCCAGGGUCUUGCCGAGGAGCGGCCACCGCUUCUGUGCGGCGCUAUGGCCGAACGUUUCCUCCGAAGCGAAGCAUUACAAAACUCCCUCUCGUCGACGACACGUUAUUGUUACAAUUACGAUGAAUGUUGUUUUUUCUAAAAGAAUGGAAUUCCUCUUUUAACGUUUUUAAUUGGUAUUAUUUUUUUAAACAAUGUGGUUUUUUUUGGUACCGCGGUGAUUAACGGCAUGUGCUUAAAAGAAAAGAAACAUCCCCCAAUGUAGUUUUAGUGAUUGUUGCGUGCAGCUGAAUCGUCAUUGCUGCUGCUGCUGCUUGUACAAAGCUUCGUUUGGUGCGACGCGCUUUUCUGCUCCUCUGCCCACCAUUCUGCGUGCAUGCAGUGGGACGGGACUUUUGGCCGACCGAUCGAUUGACCGACCAAUCGAUUGAUUGACCGAUCGAUUGACCGAUCGAUUGAACAACUGAUCAAUCAACCGACUGACCGUUCGGGAAGAAGGUGCAGCCUUCAAUAGGCUUGCUUGCACCGCUGCCUGCAGAAGGGCCUCCAGAUGACAGUCCCUCUCGAGAGGGAGGGGGGUGCCCUACUCUGCCACACCGGUCACACGGCUUGGCACAGGUGGCACCACACGCGACCUUCUUUCCCGAUCGACUGAAUGCGAUGUGCCCAUUUCUGCUGCCGGCUGGACAAGCCGGGUAGGGGGCGGGGGUGGCUGGGGGAGGGGGGCGAUUUGCAGAACGCGCUUAUUGUUUUAACUCCUGUGCCGUGAGAUGAAUUGAUUCGAUUGAACCCGGUGACCUCUGGAUUGGACCACACGUCCAGCGUGCCGACCAUUGCACAGCGCGGCGGCCCCUGUCGGGAAGAAGGCGCGACCCCGCAGUAGAAUUGGUGGGCGCAGCGGUGAGACGUCCGUGUCAAAUUCCUUUUCGUGGGACCAGCCAAACCAUCGAAUGGUAGUCGUGGGAACCAAGUGAAUUCAGGGAUCAACGUCGUUAUUUUGUCGGUGAGUGCCGACUCGGCGCUGUUGGAAGACGGCAUGCUGGGUACGGGGAACUUCGCGACAAGGUUUUGGCUGUGUUAGGUUUUUUUGUUUUGUUUAAGUGUCGAUCGACGAAGACGACACGGCAGAGUCACAACCUGUGUCUUGGGGUCGAGAAGUGCGAUUUCGCCUCCUGGGGACCCCCGGUCAGCCACCGUUGUGUGUCCUGCGCUGUUGUCAAUCCACUGGUAGACAUACGCGCGUGUCGGGGGAGGGGGGGGGGUUAUUAAACUAUUUUAAACUAUUAUGAUUUUUUUACCCGGUUAAGGCCCACUGAGCUACAUGGCUAACUUUAAGAAGCGACCUGGUCCCAAGUGAUAGCCCAACGGAAGUGUCUCGUCAUCAUCACGUGGAAGUUCAUAGCAACAGUAGCCAAAUACCCUUGAUCGCUUGACGUCGAUUCUAAAUGUGGAGAGAAAAACCCCGGAUGACCCGGAGAAAAAGUCCACGCGACCACGGGAAGAGAGACACGCAAACUCCAAAUAUACAGCAGCAGGCGUUAGGGUCGGGGUGGAACCCACGACCUCCAUGUACACCAGGCGAGGUAGUUAACAUCUAGACACCGUGAUGAUGAGAGAAAGACACGCAAACUCCAAAUAUACAGCAGCAGGCGUCAGGAUCGGGGUGGAACCCACGACCUCCUGUACACCAGGCGAGGUAGUUAACAUCUAGCGACCGUGAUGAUGAUGAGAAAGAGAGACACGCAAACUCCAAAUAUACAGCAGCAGGCGUCAGGAUCGGGGUGGAACCCACGACCUCCUGUACACCAGACGAGGUAGUUAACAUCUCCUAGCCACCGUGAUGAUGAUGAGAAAGAGAGACACGCAAACUCCAAAUAUACAGCAGCAGGCGUCAGGGUCGGGGUGGAACCCACGACCUCCUGUACACCAGACGAGGUAGUUAACAUCUCCUAGCCACCGUGAUGAUGAUGAGAAAGAGAGACACGCAAACUCCAAAUAUACAGCAGCAGGCGUCAGGGUCGGGGUGGAACCCACGACCUCCUGUACACCAGACGAGGUAGUUAACAUCUAGCCACCGUGAUGAUGAUGAGAAAGAGAGACACGCAAACUCCAAAUAUACAGCAGCAGGCGUCAGGGUCUGGGUGGAACCCACGACCUCCUACAUAUCAGGGGAGGCAGAUAACCUCUCGCCACCACUGUGAAUCUGCUUCAGGCUGGUCAUCGCGUGUUUGCGAAUGCGCCACCGUUAUGGGUUUUAAAGUUAACUUCCACGUGCCGGGCUCGGUAGACCAACAUGGAUCGGAUCCCACCGCGCGUUCCGUGACAUUGUCGGUACACGAUUCUUUAUGAACGGAGCUGUGGGGACUCUUAAGUCUGGAAUCGUAGGAAAACCACAGCUCUGUUAUUGGCUCGCGGUCUGGAUGCAGUCUGUUAAAUUCAACAGCGACCCCCCCCCCCCGACUCCGAUUUCCUACGAGUCGAAUUAUCUGAACACGUUCUUUCUCACUAUUCGGAGACACCUUGGGCCUGCAGAAACAAAACAGCAACAAUACGAAGCAGUUAUUUUCCCCUACGAUUCCAGACCCCUGCAUACUGUAUCGUGUCUGUGGGGAUUCUUAGAGUGUCUGUGGGCUCGUGUUGAGGCUGUGAGUCGUGUUGUACACACCCCCCUCCCUCUCUGGUCGCCAACUUCUGGGUUUGCCACUCCCAAUGCCCGCGUCUCUGUAAUCUGCCGCCCUGCGCCACCCUGCCCACGUGCUCCACCCUGCCCACGUGCUCCACCCUGCCCACGUGCUCCACCCUGCCCACGUGCGCCACCCUGCCCACGUGCGCCACCCACCAACACAAACCUCCGCUUUCCGGUUAAACCUCUCAACGCUUCGCUGCCAUCUUCUGUUAUUGACGUCCAAUUGUGUCCUGGACCCUAUCCUUGCAAUCGUGGAAUCGAAAUCGCAGUCGUAGUGGGAGGGGGGGGGGGGUACACGACCGAAACCCGAGUGGCUAGACAACGGUGUUGUUCACGAAGCGAACGGAGACGGGAUUGAGUUCGAACGAAGGCGGUGAUGCCGGCGAGAGGACGGCACCCGUGGCGGAGGAGUUGUGUUCUCGUCGCUUCAUUUUGAGCCGACGAGGGGGCCGGGGGGGAGGGUUUGUCAGACGGUCCGUGACGUUACCGGAGUCAUGAGCAGAUGUGGACUCUGCGCGCUCGCCUCGUGCCGUGAAAGUUUGACGACGACCUCGCGUGGCGCCGGCAGCAGAGCGACUCCGCGCGCCCCCCCCCCCCCCAUUUGUCGCCUUCGCAACUUGUCUCCGAGCAUGAGCUCGUCUGCGACCGACUGUUCCCCACACCCCCAAACCCGCCUCGCUGCCAGAGAGAGAGAGCGUGGGCUGGGAUUUACCGCGUCCCACGCACCACAACCGGCUCUGCAGACAACGCUCUCUAACGCGGUGGAGGAGACCUCGUGUGGCAGAACGGCAUUUAUAUUUGGGGUGGGGGAGGGGGUAUCGUUUACUUUCCCAAACCACGUGUACCAUCCGUGCCACCGUGUCUCUCUUUCCCCACUCCUCUAUUUGAUAAAUAAAUCAGUAAAACCGCU